AUGGCAGCAACGCGAGUGUGCUUGUUCGCGCUCGUCGGGGCCGUGGCGUUUCUCUUCUUCUUGGAUGGUGCAGCAGAGGCGAGAACUGUGGGGACGUCGUCGGCGCAGCGCCGGCGACAGGUUCGAAGCCUCCUCCGGCGGCUCAACAUGCCCCCUCUCGCGACCAUUGAGAGCCCAGAUGGAGAUAUCAUAGGCUGUGUGCACAUCUUGAAACAGCCUGCAUUCGAUCAUUCUCUCCUCAAGAGCCAUACUAUCCAGAUGAUGCCCUCUUGCCACCCAGAAGGCCUCAGUAACAAGUCAAACAUUGCAUCCAAUCCUUUCACCCAAACAUGGCAUCAAAAUGGCAAGUGCCCAGAGAACACCAUACCAAUCCGAAGGACCAAAGAAGAGGAUGUCCUGAGGGAGAGCUCCAUUGAGAGAUAUGGCAAGAAGUGGCCGUGGAGCAUCCCAAAUCGUUUUUCCAUUGAUGACCCUGACGCAGUCAACGUAUUGAGAGGCCACCAGCAUGCCAUAGCAUCUGCACCGGAGGAUGGCAACUACUAUGGUACCCAAGCAACCUUCAAUUUGUGGGAACCAAUUGUUGAGAGGGACGAAGGAUUCAGCUUGGCCCAGUUCUGGAUUAGUAGUGGGUCCUACCCAAACAACGACCUCAAUACUAUAGAAGCAGGAUGGCAGGUUUACCCUGGUCUGUAUAAGGAUAGCCACACAAGACUCUUCAUCUACUGGACUCGGGAUGCAUACAACAAUACAGGAUGUUACAAUCUACUAUGCCCAGGAUUUAUACAGACAAGCAACGAGAUUGCGAUUGGUGGUAGCAACUCCUAUCUGUCCCCUGUCUCCACCUAUGGUGGCUCACAAUAUGACAUCACUAUUUUAGUUUGGAAGGACCCAAAGGAGGGCAAUUGGUGGUUGCAAGUGGGAGGCCAUGAUCUGGGCUACUGGCCAACUUCGAUUUUCUCAAAGUUGGUAGGUAGUGCCGCCUCUGUCGAGUGGGGAGGCGAGGUGGCAUCGUCACCGGAUGCAGGCCAAACAUCCACACAGAUGGGUAGUGGACACUUUCCUAAGGAAGGGUUCAGCAAGGCCAGCUACGUCAAGAACAUUCAAUUGGUUGAUUCGACCAACAAUCUCAAAUCUCCUAGUCAUGUGAACUUGUUAGCUAAGUGGCCCAAUUGCUACAACGUGCAGAAUGGUACUAGUGCUGAUUGGGGCACUUACAUCUUCUAUGGAGGACCUGGGAAGAACCCUAACUGCCAAUAG